GCCGCGGCCCGCGCUCCCAGCGGCCCGCGCGGCGCCUCCGGCCUCUGGGGACCGCGUGGUGCCCCGAGACGACGGCUGGGGCGCGCCUUGCCGCCUGACUGGGCUCUGCCCGCCUUUCACGAGGGUGUUUUUGUGAGCGUGUUGAGAGUGAGCAAAGACAGUGAGACGGAAAAUCCCCAGAUUCGGGAAAUGCCGCUGGCAGAUUCGGAAAUAGUUAUUUUCGAGGAAUAAUUUGGGGUUGGGUUUAGAGCGGAAUCAUUUGGGGUUUUGGUUGUGAGACUUGGGGUAUCACUAUCCCCAAACGCCAUCUCUUACAAAAAAUGGUGAAGUGGAAAUUUUCCUUCUCCCUGCUCCCUCACCCGCUCCAAAAUGCUCCUGCCAUUCCCUCUCCAGUGCCCUACUUACAGAGGCUGCGUGUCACAUGCUCCCAAUGUGCCUUCCCUUGGUGCCAGACCCUGGAAAUGGACCAUCACAGCUACGCGGCCUGGAAAGAAGUCCAGAUUUAUCCUGGUAAUCUCCUGGGAGGACGCGCCAGAAGAGCCCGUCGUACUGAAAUUGUUUCAGGAGGUACAGAACAUUAAAUGGAGUUUUGAGCCACUAGUCCAAUGGCUGUGGAAGAGAAAAUUUGGAAAAAGAUUGAAACUUGUUGGAGCUCAGUCUAAAAUUACAUGUGCAUUUCUACUGUAAUCUGGCCAGUUUUUAUUUUUUAUCUUUAAAAAACUCCCAGAUUGGAAGCAAAAUUGUGCAGACCAAAUAAAGCUCGCUCGCUCCUCA